AUGCAACUUUACUGUGGUAACCGCUUGUUUCCCUCUUCUCAUUGCCGCUCCAUUUACCGAGGCUUUGGAGGAGAUUACACAAGGGCUUACUCUAGAGCAACUUCAGUGGCGCGUGAAGCCAUUGCGUUUGGUGCUGAGAAUCAGAUAUCGGAACAGUUUGCUUGUGAGCUAAGAAAACCCACUAAGAACGCAUUUAUCAGAGGUCAUAUCUCUGGAUUUGGAUAUGGUUUGUCUCAGUUUCUAGCGUACUGUUCCUACGCUCUUGGUCUUUGGUACAUCUCGGUUUUGAUUGAGCGCAAGGAGACAAACUUUGCGGAUAGUAUCAAAUCCUUCAUGAUAUUGCUCGUCACGGUUUACGCUGUAGCGGAAACACUUACUUUGACCCCGGAUAUUGUGAAGGGCACGCAAGCACUCAAGUCAGUUUUUAGGGUUUUACAUAGAGAGACUAAGAUACCUCCAGACCAACCUAACUCAAGAUUGGUCACUCAGAUUAAGGGGGAUAUAGAGCUGAAAAAAGUCAGCUUUGCAUAUCCUACAAGACCCGAAAUUGCCAUCUUCCAAAACCUAUAUCUCCGAGUUUCCGCUGGUAAAAGUCUUGCCGUUAUGGGAACAAGUGGUUCAGGAAAGAGCACGGUGAUCAGACUGAUUAUGAGAUUCUACGUUGCGAACAACGGAAAACUCUGCAUCGAUGGGCAGGACAUAAAAACCCUAAACCUACGUAGCUUGCGCAAGAAGUUAGCGUUAGUCCAGCAAGAACCAGCUCUGUUUUCAACAACCAUAUAUGAGAACAUCAAGUACGGGAAAGAAGAGAUCAUCGAGGCAGCAAAAGCUGCGAACACGCACGAGUUCAUAAGCAGGAUGGAACAAGGGUACCAGACGCACAUGGGUGAACAGGGGGUGCAGUUAUCAGGUGGUCAGAAACAGAGAGUGGCUAUCGCGAGGGCGGUUCUGAAGGAUCCUUCAGUGCUUCUCCUUGAUGAGGCAAUGAGUGCUUUGGACACGAGCUCGGAGAAGCUGGUCCAAGAAGCCCUAGAAAAGCUGAUGAAGGGACGAACCACGGUGUUGGUGGUUCAUAGACUCUCGAUCAUGGCUUGA